GAAAUCCAUAUUCUAGUCGUCUGGGAAACUCAGUUUGUAAAGUGUUGCUAGCUGCCACUGUGUGCGCACACUCUACGCUCCGCCAUUUUGGUUCAGGGGGUUUUCUGUUUUUGUUGUUAAAAAAAAAAAAAAAAAAAAGAAGAGAGAGAGAGAGGAGCCGAAGUGAAGCUGCAGCUGGAGGCCUGAAUCAGGAAACAGCGACAGACCGACGAGCAAGAACCAGAUCAAAGUCGAUCUUGUAGAUGAGAAUUUCACGGAAUUGAGAGGGGAAAUAGCAGGACCCCCUGACACACCCUAUGAAGGAGGAAGAUAUCAACUAGAAAUAAAAAUUCCAGAAACAUAUCCCUUUAAUCCUCCAAAGAAGGGGCUUCUUAGCAGGCCUCCGUGACACCAGACCAUUCUCCAAGAGAUGCCUUCUCACGGUGCGCACAGAUGCCUUCACUCCAGCUUCUUUCCAUUGCCACAGUUCGGUUUAUUACAAAAAUAUGGCAUCCAAACAUCAGCUCAGUUACCGGUGCAAUUUGCUUGGAUAUUCUAAAAGAUCAGUGGGCGGCGGCAAUGACCCUUAGAACAGUGUUAUUAUCGUUACAAGCGUUGUUGGCAGCAGCAGAACCAGAUGACCCACAGGAUGCGGUGGUGGCAAAUCAGUACAAGCAAAAUCCAGAAAUGUUUAAACAGACAGCUCGACUCUGGGCGCAUGUGUACGCUGGGGCACCCGUUUCCAGUCCUGAAUAUACCCGAAAAAUAGAUAAAUUGUGUGCAAUGGGCUUUGAUAAAAAUGCAGUAAUAGUGGCCUUGUCUUCAAAAUCGUGGGAUGUAGAAACUGCAACAGAACUACUUCUGAGUAACUGAGUUGUGAAGGCUGCUUCCAUAGGCCAGCUUGACCCUUCCUUGAACAGCACCAUCUUCCCUUUUUCUUUUAGGAUUACACCUAGGUUCCAUUUUAAAAUUGCUCUGUUACCUGGUAAUGCUAUCUAGACGCAACUGGAGACUGGAGAAAUGCUCUGUAAAUAAAGCUAUUAAAAGUCUGUGUAAAUUAAA